UCUUCCUCCUCCUCCUCCGCCGAGCUGCCCUACUUUUGUCCUCGCUGUGGCGACGAGUGUCGGUUCUCGUCCGUACCUGAGCUUCGCGCUCACCUGGUCAGCCGACACACCUACGAGACCCUGCUGGUGCUUUCACAGACUCGGGUUAGGAGCUCCAGACCUGGAACUCUCCUCCCACUCCCCGGCCCUGCUGUAUCCCAAAAUCAGAGCUCUUCUCUGGACAUGGAGCCCCACAGCCUCCCCCUGCCGCUGGCCUGCCUGGAUCUGGCCUCGUCAUCCGCCUCGGUUCAGCUGCUCAGGGAAAUGUUCAGCCCGUCAGAUCGCGCUCUUCCUACCUCCUCAGGACAUACAGAGGACCCCUCCACUGCUCUGGCUCUCCCCGGCUCUUUGGAGCCUUUUACUGGGAAGAAUCUGGGCGAGCUGGGAGUCCAGCUGGGCCUGGAGUUCGGGCUGUCGGUGGGGAUCGGGCUGGAGGAGAGGCUCGGGCUGGGACUGGAUCGGAAAAUCGCCCGGACCUUCGCAGAGGUGGAGGAGAGGGUGACCCGGCGCGUGGGCCGACUGAGGGUGGAGCUGCAGAGGAGGGACACGGAGCUGGAGAGAGAGAAGAGAGACGGAGAGCGACUGAGGAGAGAGAAACAGGAAGUGGAGGAGAGGGCGACGUUCCUGUUCAGACAGGUCUCUGCUGCCAUGGAGAUGAUGGAGAGAUUAAAGAACGACCUGGAGGGAAAAGAAAAGAAGCUGAUUGAACGACAACAAGAGAUGGUGGACAUCGAGCAUUUUCUGAGAGAGACGGCAGAGAAAGAAGCUGCAGCCAAAUCCAGACUGCAGGUUUUCAUCGAGACGUUGUUGGAGCGCGCCGACCGAGCCGAGCAACACUUACUGCUGCUCAGCUCUGACACACACCAACACAACCAUCACUACACACACCGCCACGACAAACACACACACCCGGAUGCGUACGCCGACCCGUACGCACCCACACCCGGCCGAGUGGGACGCAGUCUGGACGGCAGCACCGACGACAUCAUCACGAACAAGAUGCAGGGAACGUUCAGCAACCGGAGGAGUUACAGUGUUUCAGGCUCCUACAAACUGGGAGAGCAGCUGUACAGCCACCAUCACUACAGCAGUCUUUCAGGUCGAAUGAGGACCUUGUCUCUGGGUUCGGGGGGGUGGGACGGAGACGGUGGGUCGGCCCAACACCUCCACCACUCCCAACACCAUCACUUCGCUCCGUCCUCCUGGUGUCGGAGAGACAGAGGAGGAGACGUGAGGAGAGAGAGGCAGUGGCCUGGGGAGGGAGGAUGGGGGGGUACGUGGAGUAAAAGAGGCCGACGUCACUACAGCACAGAGGAAGAAGAAGAGGAGGAGGAAGACGACGAAGAUGAAGACGAGGAGGGUUUAUGGAGCAGCACUGAGAUGAGGAAGCUCGUCUUCGCCAGGACUCACACACCUGGAUCGGACAUCCUCUCCUCCCUCAACUCCACCCCCUCCCGUUGUCACGGUAACCGUCAGCUGGUCGCGGACACCCUGAGGCUGAGGGCGGGGCUCUUCUGCGUCUUCCCGUAUUUGGACGUGCGCUCGUUGCUGCGUGCGGCCGAGGUGUGCUCCGAUUGGCGGUUCGUCGCCCGUCACCCGGCGGUCUGGACGCGACUCCGCCUGGAGAACGCCAGAGUGUCAUCGGAGUUCCUGACCACCCUUUCUCAGUGGUGCACUCAGACUCAGUUGGUGGUUCUCGACAACCUGAAACCUCGAAGCAGACGAGCCGAUGAGACGCGAGAGGAUUACCACAGAAACACACGAGGCAGUGUGGAGCCGGGGGUGGAGGCCCUCCUGAGGUCAGCAGGUGGCAGUCUGCUCCACCUAUCCGUGACUCAGUGUCCUCACAUCCUCACCGACAGGACGAUGUGGCUCGCUAGCUGCUACUGCAGGAACCUGAACACCCUGACAUACAGGAGUUCUUCAGACCCUCUCGGUCAUGAGGUCCUCUGGGCUCUGGGUGCAGGCUGCAGGAACAUCAGCAGCCUGCAGGUGGCGCCGGCUCACCCCUGCCAACAGCCGACUCGUUUCGGAAACCGUUGCCUGCAGACGAUUGGUCGAUGCUGGCCCCUCCUCCGCUCGCUGUGUGUGGGCGGAGGCGGCUGUGGCACUCAGGGAUUGGCUGCUGUUGUGCGUAGCUGUGCUCACCUCCAGAUGUUGGAGUUGGAGCGUAUUACCGACCUCGGCCUGCAGGCGGCGACAGAGCUGUGCAAAGUUGGACUAGAGAGUCUGGAGACGCUGAUCCUGACACACACACCUGUCAGCGGGCAAGCCAUCCUGCACUUCCACAGUGUGUGUGAGAACAUCAGGUCCAUCGUGGUCGAGGUCUCAGUGGCUGAUUACUUUGAGGAGCCGGACACUCAGGAAGCUCAACACCUGUUUGAAGAGAUUGUCGGCACUCUGAAGGUUCUUCAGAAGCGUCCCGGCCUGUGUGACGUUCUGCAGGUUAAAGCUGAUGGAUGCUGCUGA